AUGGUACUAGCAGACCUUGGAAGAAAAAUAACAUCAGCAUUACGCUCAUUGAGCAAUGCCACCAUCAUCAAUGAGGAGGUAUUAAAUGCUAUGCUAAAAGAAGUAUGUACAGCAUUGUUGGAAGCAGAUGUUAAUAUUAAACUGGUAAAGCAACUAAGAGAAAAUGUUAAGUCUGCUAUUGAUCUUGAAGAGAUGGCAUCUGGUCUUAACAAAAGAAAAAUGAUUCAGCAUGCUGUUUUUAAAGAACUUGUGAAGCUUGUAGACCCUGGAGUCAAAGCAUGGACACCCACUAAAGGAAAACAAAAUGUGAUUAUGUUUGUUGGCUUGCAAGGAAGUGGUAAAACAACAACUUGUUCAAAGUUAGCAUAUUAUUACCAAAGGAAGGGUUGGAAGACCUGUUUGAUAUGUGCAGACACAUUCAGAGCAGGGGCUUUUGAUCAGCUAAAACAGAAUGCAACCAAGGCAAGAAUUCCAUUCUAUGGAAGCUAUACAGAAAUGGAUCCUGUUAUCAUUGCUUCUGAAGGAGUGGAAAAAUUCAAAAAUGAAAAUUUUGAAAUUAUUAUUGUUGAUACAAGUGGUCGCCACAAACAAGAAGACUCUUUAUUUGAAGAAAUGCUUCAAGUUGCUAAUGCCAUACAACCUGAUAAUAUUGUUUAUGUGAUGGAUGCCUCCAUUGGGCAGGCUUGUGAAGCUCAGGCCAAGGCUUUUAAAGAUAAAGUAGAUGUAGCUUCAGUAAUAGUGACAAAACUUGAUGGCCAUGCAAAAGGAGGUGGUGCACUCAGUGCGGUUGCUGCCACAAAAAGUCCAAUUAUUUUCAUUGGUACAGGGGAACACAUAGAUGACUUUGAACCCUUCAAAACACAGCCUUUUAUCAGCAAACUUCUUGGUAUGGGUGACAUUGAAGGACUAAUAGAUAAAGUGAACGAGUUAAAGUUGGAUGAUAAUGAAGCCCUUAUAGAGAAGUUGAAACAUGGUCAGUUUACAUUAAGAGAUAUGUAUGAACAAUUUCAAAAUAUCAUGAAAAUGGGUCCCUUCAGUCAAAUCUUGGGGAUGAUCCCUGGUUUUGGAACAGAUUUUAUGAGCAAAGGAAAUGAACAGGAGUCAAUGGCAAGGCUAAAGAAAUUAAUGACAAUAAUGGAUAGUAUGAAUGAUCAAGAACUUGAUAGUACAGAUGGUGCCAAGGUUUUUAGUAAACAACCAGGAAGAAUCCAAAGAGUAGCAAGAGGAUCAGGUGUGUCAACGAGAGAUGUUCAAGAACUUUUGACGCAGUACACUAAAUUUGCACAGAUGGUGAAAAAGAUGGGUGGUAUCAAAGGACUUUUCAAAGGAGGUGACAUGUCAAAGAAUGUAAGCCAGUCUCAGAUGGCAAAAUUGAAUCAACAAAUGGCCAAAAUGAUGGAUCCAAGAGUUCUUCAUCAUAUGGGUAAAUACUAA